AUGCCUCAGCAACUGGCACCCGCUGUAAACCGGGACCAAUUCGACCUUCCGAGUGAAGAGGCAAACUGGGUUUUCGGACAAAACACAAACUACCCUUACUUAGUGCCGAAGACAUACAGCGACAUAGAGCCGUUAGGGGACUUCGACAAAUUACUGAACAUCGAUAUGAACAACGUGUCUUGUCAGGUGCUACGCAGCGUGUCGAGCUGGUCGGGCGGGUUCCUGGACCCGGACACCGUGGAGCAGAGCAUCCACGAAGCGUACGUGGAUACGAUAACGAGGGCGCAGCACUACCUCUACAUCGAGAACCAGUUCUUCAUCACGCUGUCUCGAUCCAGCGUUGCGGUCCGGAACCAGAUCGGCGAGGCGCUGUUCAACCGCAUAAUGCGCGCGCACCGCGGCGGCGAGGCGUUCCGCGUGUACGUGGUGAUGCCGCUGCUGCCCGCCUUCGAGGGCGAGGUGGGCGCGCCCUCCGGCACCUCGCUGCACGCCGUCACGCACUGGAACUACCAGAGCAUCAGCAGGAGCCGUGAAGCCAUCCUGACCCGUCUGUACGAGGCGGGCGUGUCGGACCCGUCCGAGUACAUCACGUUCCACGGGCUGCGGACGCACUCGCGGCUGGAGGGCGAGCCCGUCACCGAGCUCAUCUACGUGCACUCCAAGCUGCUGAUAGCGGACGACAAGACGGUCAUCUGCGGCAGCGCCAACCUCAACGACCGCUCCAUGCUCGGCAGCAGGGACUCCGAGAUCGCCGUGCUGCUGCAGGACGAGCAGUUCACGGACGGGACGAUGAACGAGCAGGCGUUCCCGUGCGGGCGCGUGGCGGGCGCGCUGCGCAAGCGACUGUUCCGCGAGCACCUGGGGCGGGGGGGGGGGGGGGGCGGCGAGGUCGACGACCCCUGCUGCGAGCGCUUCUACCGGCACGUGUGGCAGGCCGUGUCGCGACAGAACACGGAGAUAUACGAGGACGUAUUUCACAGCAUACCCACGGACGCGGUACACACGUUCGCACAAUUGAAACGUUAUCAAGAGGAGCACUGUCAGACAUUGUGGCACACAGACCCGGCGUUGGCGAACAGGAAAAUAGACCUUAUACAAGGUCAUUUGGUCGAUAUGCCGCUGGAUUUCCUUUGCAACGAAACAUUAACGCCGCGAAAUACUUCAAUGGAGGGAAUGAUGCCUACUUCGCUGUGGACUUGAGGGAAUUUAAGGAGCUUAAGUGAUUUCUCUUCAUUAGUUAGAUCAGCAAAGUAGCUUUAAACACAACUUAUACAAGGUUGGUUUUUACUUGCCACUUAACUUUUUUUUUAAUAUCGAAAAUAAACAUGAAAUAAUAAAAAACUGGGAACCCGCAAUCGAAACUGAAGGUAUCCUCUCGUGACUGGACGCGUGAGGUCGUUGACCCCACGCGUCAUCUGAUCUUACAUUGCGUAUAAUGCAAAAAACAUUGGAGAAGAACUUUCGACCGCAAUUGUUUUCUUUUAAUUCGUCUUAUUUCAACAUUGCCAUCGUUAAUGUCGCCUUCGGAGCCAGUACGCUUACAGCCGAUUGGAUUGACAAAAAAAAUCGAACACAGCCAGUAUUUUCUUCAAGUCGUGUAUUUAAUUUAUUGUUCAUUUCACAGACACUAUAUAUCGUUCUUACUGAUUGUGCUUUGACGUCCAUGAUUUGAGUGUUUGUUAGAAUUUAAAUCGGGUGCUAAAUCGAAAAUAAAAAUGUUAGAGAUGUGGUUAUCUUGAACUUAAAUAAAAUCGUUUCAAAAACAUUAAUUUCGCAAUAAAAAUAUAAUAUAAUUAAUGUUACUAGAAGUAGGUAAUAGUUGAAGUUAUUCAAAUGAAAAAAAUACGGGAGCUGGCUCUUAACUUGAUCAUAUAUUUAUUCAACUUUGAGCUUUAGAGCAAUCUAGGUUUAAGUCUAAUUUCGCGAUUGAAUAUACAUUGAUUAAUGGUAUCGUUUAAAUGUGAUCUGAACCUUGUCUGAUUCUUGAUUGUUCUCUCUUAAAAACUAUUCCGGUACUUUCUCUUAUAUCGCCUUCAUACGUCACAGACCAACAUUAUGGAUUAUGUGUUAAAAAAUAAUAAUUUAUAAGGAGCGUCUUUUAUACGAUAUUAACAAGAGACAAUUACAUUCGUAAAUCACUAUAAUACAAAUUAAAUAAUUUUGAUACUUUACAUUAAGAAAACGAAAAUUAAUUGACUAUUUUUCAUUAAACUAAUUUUGAAGACGUCAUGGUCUAAAGGAUAAGACGGCCGGUGCAUUCGUAUCGAGCGAUGCGACUUAUCCGUGUUCGAAUCCGGCAAGCGGGUAAAAAAAAAUCUGGUGAAAUUCUUACUAACAUAAUUAUGAUUUCUACCAUCAACGAAUAAUAAAUCUGUAAUAAGAAUCAAACUCGCAAAUACUGUAAUUUGCAUAAUCACUACACAAUUGAGAGAAUAGACCUCAAAACCCAAUGUUGCUUGUGGACUUCGCUUUGUUUUUGUCCUUUGUUGGGCCCUCUAAUAAAUAUAGUAAUUAUAACAUGAAAUAAUAAUUAAGUUGUAAAUUUCAUGAGGAAAAUAUAAGAUAUUUAUUGAUAUUCAUUGUUUUUGCAAGAGUCCAUGGACACCUCAGCUGACGCUACUCACCCUGAGAUAUUAAAGUAUUAAAUUUAUAUAAUGAUGUUCCUAUCCGGGUGAGCUUACAUUGUUCCUUCACCAGCAGUAUUUAAGGCAUGAAAACGAGGGAGCUACCAUCACGGACCCAUAGGCCGAAGAAGCCAUGAUCAUAUUGAUAAAUAGCUGAAUAAACGAUUAUUUUGUACCCAUAUCCUAAUUUCUGCUAUGCGGCAAUCAUUGAAUACAGGCAAUCUCCCUAUAACACGGUAGAUACGUUCCUACAAAGUCACGUGUUGUGCAAAACCGUGUUAUACGAUACUAGAAGCCGGUACAAAGUAUUUUUUCUGAAUGACACAACUAUGCCUGUUUUUUUUUAAGCUAUU